AUCCUUUCAAAGACAAAAUUCAAAACGAUAUCUCACUCAACUUUCUCUCUCGUCUCUGCCUCCUCUGGUCUCUACGUAGCGUUUCGGCCGCGAUGCUUGGGCGAAUAAUCGCGACUCUUGAGAUUAAACAGUCUAUAUAAAUCAAUCGGAUUCUAGUUGAAGUUUUAUGUGAGAUUUUUGUUGUCUUGUUUGGAAUUGGAAAUUCGCGGAAUUUGGUUUUAUUCUUUUGAUUCUUGUUUCAUCAUUUGUGGAUAAGAAAAGAAUCACAAUCAUCAAAAGGUUCUUUUGUUUUUAGGAGUUUGAGAAGUGUUAGUUGAUCCUGUGCUGUUUCAUGUAAAGAUUUCAAAAUGAUAGGAUCAUUUCUUACCAGAGGGCUCGUAAUGGUUUUCGGUUAUGCAUAUCCAGCUUAUGAGUGCUUUAAAACUGUAGAAAAGAACAAACCAGAGAUUGAGCAACUCCGAUUUUGGUGCCAAUACUGGAUUUUAGUUGCAAUGCUUACUGUUUUUGAAAGGGUAGGAGACACUUUUGUUUCAUGGGUGCCAAUGUACAGCGAAGCCAAGCUGGCCUUCUUCAUAUACUUGUGGUAUCCUAAAACAAUGGGAACAACAUACGUCUAUGAUUCUUUUUUCCGCCCAUACAUCGCAAAGCAUGAACCAGAAAUUGAUCGUAACCUAUUGGAGCUAAAAACUAGGGCUGGAGACAUGGCAAUUCUUUAUUGGCAAAGGGCUGCAACCUAUGGUCAGACGAGGGUUUUUGAGAUUUUGCAGUACGUAGCUUCACAGUCAACCUCUAGACCUCGUCCAUCUCAGCAACAGCAGGGUGUAGAGGCUCGCCAACCUCCUGCUAAUGUCAGACCUCGUCCAGCAGCUCCCCCUACUGCACAACCGCCGUCACGUACUUCCAGCACAGGUACGACUCAACCACCAACACGCACUGCUAGUACAGGCACAACUGAAGAGCAACAGGAGCCAGCUCAAGAGACAGUUGUUUCUCAUCCAAAACCUCCAGCACCCUCAGUAACUGCAGCAGUUGUAGCAGCAGCAGUCAGUGCACAAACAACAGUUGCUGCGCUACUUGCCAGUGAGACUGGUCUUCCUUCCAGUAUUACUAAACCUUCAAAUGUUGAAGCAGAAACGAGUAAGAAAGAACCAGCUCCAGCUGCAGCAGAUGAAAAUGCAAACCAACCACAGCAAGAUACAGUCAUGAAUGAAGCUAUUCGGAUGACACGCGGCAGGUUGAGGAAAACCCGAUCUGGAGACCGUUAAUUAAUUUUGUUCCUCGCCUACACCAGUUUGCUUUUAUGUCUAAUCGUUAGUUGUAGAACCAAAAUGUAAUUUAGAGAAGUAGAGACGAGAAACAAGAUAAAUGGAUAAGAUUGGUAACAAGUUGAUGUUGGUGAUGUAAAUUUCCUUUCCUUUAUUCCUUCAAUUCCUUGGCUGGUUUUAUGGUU